AUGGAAACUCCGUCUCAGCAUCCACAAUCAUUAGCCAAUCCUAGGGACUUAAUCGCAACAUACCAUGCCAUCCUCAGUGGCCCCAAGGCCGGUAGCUUCAUGUUACUCCACAAGCCUAUACGCCUCCAAUCUAUGAGUGAUAUAUCUCAAUUGUCGGACACUAUCGGAUCAGAAGUGAAAGGAAGAUUUUCAGUGGUCAAGCCCAAGACCGUGAAAAGAAGUAAAACAAUGACCGGGAACUCCUCCAAGGUCGGCACCCGCGGACUUUACGGGAUCGGGGACCAGACGAAUUCUCCUCGGUCCGAAGCCAUUGAAGCGAAGCGAAACAGGGACCACCCUCCUCUAUCCAGCCGCAGAGGUAGUCGGCAUUUGAAAGAACAGUACUUGGCCAAGAAUGGCUCGACGCUCACAGACGAAGACUUAGCUAAGCUUGACCCUACUGCUCCAGCGAAGAUGCAUGGCCAUAAGCCGUCUCGCGGUGCAAUAAUCGAUGCCGAGCUUCGUGCUGAGGACGAGGAGCGUCUGCGUCAAAAAGGUUACAAGUAA